AUGGGAAGGCUCCUCCGAACCAAGAAUGACUAUGAAGAUCUCAGAAAUGCUCGCAUAGUACAAAACCAGGCUCGCUUGCAUUCGUUGGGAGUACAUAACACCCUCUCCGAGCUCCACUCCAUUUCUUCAUCUGCGAAAUCACAAAAGGCCCAUGUCAGGAAGUACUGCCAGAAGGUCUAUGAUCUCACCUCUUUGCGCCGAUCGGACCGAUUGAAAGGACCAUCCACCACUCAAGCAAUAACAACAACACCAAAUCACACUUCAUCAUCAAGGUUGACAGUGGGUGUAAAUGAAGAGAGUGAAGAGGGCACAAAGAGAAGGCCUCUAAAUGCGCCUUUUGUGGAACUGAAGGCUUCGAAGAUGGAGCUAGUUUCGUCUGAGUCUUGGUCUCGGCGUUGUGAUAGCAAGAGCCGCGGCACUGUCUAUCACUCUGUCUUCGGGAUUUGCUGCCAUUUUUGCAGGCAGAAGAAGUUGUGCGGUGAAGAAGAUUGCAAGAGAUGUGGCACUCUAGAUAUGGAUCAACCAUGCAUUGGAAAAACAGAAUGUUCAGUUUGUCACUCUACCAAUGGUGUUCUUUGCCGCGGUUGUCUCAAGGUUAGGUAUGGUGAAGAAAUGGAAGAAGUGAGAGGAAAUAAAGAUUGGAUGUGCCCACAUUGCAUAGAAGAAAAAGGAGUAAGACCUUACUGGAUAUGUAACAGCUCAUUCUGCAUGAAGAAGCGAAAGAUGGUUCCGACUGGGAUAGCAAUAUACAGAUGUCAGGAGAUGGGAUACAAGUCAGUGGCACAUCUGGUAAUGGAUGAACUUAAACGAAAAAUGAAUCGACAUGGAGCAACUAAGUAA